AUGCACAAUGAGCACUUCAUUGAAAAGCAACUGGGGACUUUUGAAAGACAGAAACUUACUAUCAACGGAAAGACUCUAUCACAGCUGAAGUUACUCAGGAAGUCUCUGCCUCACUCCAAAUGUGUGGAAAAUUGUCAUCCUGGAUUUGUCAAGCGAGCUCGGGAAGGAGAGCCAGUUUGCUGCUAUGACUGCAUUCCUUGUCCAGAGGGGACCAUCUCCACUCAGGAAGAUGCGGAAAAAUGCACCAAGUGCCCAGACGAUCAAUACUCAAAUAAGAAGAGAGUCCAAUGUAUCCCAAAAGAUAUAACCUUUUUGGUUUAUGAAGAACAUCUGGGUAUCAUUCUGGCCUCUUUUGCCCUACUAUUAUUCCUAACCACGGGAUUCGUUUCAAUCAUAUUUAUUAAAUACAGAGAAACUCCCAUUGUCAAAGCCAACAACCGGGACCUCUCUUACAUCCUCCUGGUCUCUCUCCUGCUUUGUUUUUUGUCUCCUUUUCUCUUCAUUGGUCAACCAAGAAAAGCCACCUGCCUUCUCCGACAAACAGUGUUCAGCAUUGUGUUCUCAGUAGCCGUAUCUUCUGUGUUGGCGAAAACUAUCACGGUGGUGCUGGCUUUUCUGGCCACAAAACCAGGAAACCAAAUGAAAAGAUGGUUAGGGAAAACUUUGGCCAAUUCCAUCAUCUUUUCUUGUUCUGCUGUCCAAAUUAUCAUCUGUUCCAUCUGGCUCGGAGUUUCUCCCCCAUUCCCUGACUCUGAUCUCCACUCCCAGUCUGAAGUAAUCAUCCUGCAAUGCAACGAAGGGUCUGAUGCCAUGUUCUACAUCACCCUCAGCUACAUGGGCUUCUUGGCUGUCAUCUGCUUCACAGUGGCUUUCCUGGCUAGGAACCUUCCUGGGGCCUUCAAUGAAGCCAAACUGAUCACCUUUAGCAUGCUGGUGUUCUGCAGUGUCUGGGUGACAUUUGUCCCCACCUAUCUGAGCACCAAGGGGAAAUAUAUGGUGGCUGUUCAAGUCUUCUCCAUCUUGGCCUCCAGUGCUGGUCUGCUGGUCUGCAUCUUCCUCCCCAAGUGCUACAUUAUCCUUCUGAGGCCAGACCUGAACACAAAGGAACAACUUAGUGGCAGACUAAAUGUAAACACAUGA